CAUAUAAAUGGUAUAGAUGUAUCAACCUGACAUUCAUUAUUGGUAGUAAACAUAUCUACCUUUGGUUGAACAAGCUUACACCCGAUACACAGUGAGAUGGCUUCAAACUCCAGUGAUAGUAGACGUCAUCAGAAAACAAUGGAUUUGGUUGAUGAAGAUCCACACAUCCAAAGCCCCGAUGUGGAUCAUCAGAUUGGCCCUACAACAAAGCUGAUGAAGAAUUAUGGUGGCAUGUCUGACGAUGCUAAUAAUGUUGAUAUUGUGAACAAAGAUAAUAAUGGAACAACAGAUGAUGCAUUUUCAUUCAGUCGUACUCCAAGACAACAAAAAAUCUUACUUUUUGCAAUGGGAUUUGUAAACUUUUGUGCCUGUACAUGUUUCUCACUUUUGGCACCGUUUUAUCCAACAGAGGCUGCAUUGAAGGGUGUGUCUGAGACAGUCACUGGAUUUGUGUUCGCAGUGUUUGAAUUAGUUAUUUUCAUAACUGCUCCAGUGUUUGGAAACUAUAUAACAAACAUUGGUUCUAAAUUUAUGUUCAUCAGCGGUGUGAUGGUUUGUGGUGUCUGUGCAAUAUUAUUUGGGCUGUUGGAUAAGUGUCCUGAUGGAAAUAUCUUCAUAGUCAUGUGUUUCCUCAGUAGAACUGUCGAAGCACUUGGAGCAUCUGCCUACAUCACGGCCAGUUUUGCCAUCCUGUCUAACGAGUUCCCUAACCAUGUAGCCACAGUGAUUGGACUUUUAGAGACCUUCAGUGGUAUAGGUCUGAUGGUAGGCCCAACUAUAGGCAGUCUCUUGUAUGAGGCUGGCGGGUAUGGGCUGCCCUUCUUCACUAUGGGGUCUAUUCUGGUUGUCUGUGCUAUCAUAAGUGCUUACUCAAUGCCAAAAAUUAAUGACUCAGGGACUCCGAAAAGAAAAUCAAUGUUGAAUCUGUUACGAAGUCCAUUGUGUGUAAUAACAGCAGUUUGUAUUAUCUGUGGAGCCUAUGCAUUGGGUUUCUUUGAUCCGACAUAUGCUAAACGUCUCAAAGAGUUGCACCUGACUGUCAUACAGAUUGGUUUGAUGUUUCUGAUUGGUCCUGGUCUAUAUGCUUUUACAGCACCUCUAUGGGGAUGGAUAGGGGACACCAAAAAACUGCCAAAGACGCUGAUAAUCAUUGGAAAUUUCGCAAUGGCCUUCUCUUUCAGUAUGCUAGGGCCUUCCCCUCUCACUCCAUUUUUCCCAUUUGCGUUAUGGACCCAGAUUCUUGGUUGUGUAUGUUUGGGAAUAUUCCUGGGAUGUGGUUUGAUACCGACCUUCAGGACCUUACUGGAUGGUGCACUUCAAAUAGGCUUUGAAGACAACUUUGUUACCUUUGGGAUGGUGUCUGGGCUGUUCAACUCCUGUUUUUCAUUAGGAGCUUUCCUUGGACCGACUGGAGGUGGAUUAUCUGUGGACCAUAUCCACUUCCCGUGGGCCGUCACUAUCUGUUGUGGAUUAUUCUUUAUAGCUGGAAGUGCGAUGGUGAUAUAUUGUAUUGUGGAGAAAUUCUCUGACUGUAUACCUCCUGUACCUGCAGCCACAACAAAGAACGGGUAUGACCGACUACAAAUGGAGGAGAUAAUAAGAGACAGCCCUGAAGUUUCUGACGAAGACGAAAAUGUGACAGUUUUUGAUCGGGAUGAUGUUGUUUGA